CACUGAGUACACUUACCUCUAGUGUGCGAAACAUUACAGCCUCUCGGAAUAUCAGAGCACACUCAACUCUCUCCCUCUCUCUCAGGAAGCAAGACAGACCUGCAUCACAGAGGACAGGAGGAACAUCAUCAUUGUGAGCUCCACUUGUGCUUUCUGGUCCACAUGACUGCGCAAUGCAGCAGCGCUGAACCAAACACCAACACCUGUGCUCUUGGUUAAAUCAAGAUGUCAUCAGCCAAUGCCAAUGGAGUCGGGAGCUCUGGAAAUAACCGUAGAGAAAAAACAUACAAAAAGACUACUUCAUCUGCUCUAAAAGGAGCCAUCCAGCUCGGCAUCGGCUACACUGUAGGGAAUCUGACCUCAAAACCUGACCGAGAUGUGCUCAUGCAGGACUUCUACGUGGUGGAGAGUGUGUUUUUACCCAGUGAAGGAAGCAACCUGACUCCAGCACACCAUUAUCCAGACUUCCGGUUCAAGACAUACGCGCCACUGGCUUUCCGCUACUUCCGGGAGCUGUUCGGAAUCAAGCCGGAUGAUUACUUGUACUCCAUUUGUAAAGAGCCCCUGAUUGAGCUGUCUAAUCCGGGUGCCAGCGGCUCGCUCUUCUACCUAACCAGCGACGAUGAGUUCAUCAUCAAAACUGUCCAGCACAAGGAGGCCGAGUUCCUGCAGAAACUGCUCCCAGGAUACUACAUGAACCUCAACCAGAACCCCAGGACGCUCCUACCCAAGUUUUAUGGCCUGUACUGUGUUCAGUCUGGAGGAAUCAACAUCCGUCUCGUGGUUAUGAACAACGUCCUGCCGCGGUCUGUAAAGAUGCACUACAAAUAUGACCUCAAGGGCUCUACAUACAAGAGACGAGCGUCACGAAAAGAGCGGGAAAAGGCCUGUCCCACAUAUAAGGACCUAGACUUUGUGGACAUGCAUGAUGGCUUGUACUUUGACCCAGAGACAUAUAACGCCCUGAUGAAGACACUACAGCGGGACUGUCGGGUGCUGGAGAGUUUUAAGAUCAUGGACUACAGUCUCCUGCUGGGGGUUCAUGUUCUGGAUCAGAGUCACAGAGAUGGAGACGGCAGUGCUGUGGACGGAAAGAGGACUGUGGGACAGAAGGUGCUUUACUCCACCGCCAUGGAGUCCAUUCAGGGUGAUGGAAAAGCAGCAGAGGCUUUGACCACAGACGACACAAUGGGAGGAAUUCCUGCAAAAACGCACAGGGAUGAGAAAGUACUUAUUUUCCUAGGCAUUAUCGACAUUUUGCAGUCUUACAGAUUCAUCAAGAAGCUGGAGCACUCCUGGAAGGCGCUGGUCUAUGAUGGCGAUACUGUGUCUGUGCACAGGCCGAGUUUCUAUGCAAACAGAUUUCUCAAGUUCAUGAGCAGCCGAGUGUUCAGAAAGAUUCAGCCAAAUCGCUUCUCCCCGAGCAAGAGGGCGAGAAACUCCAUAUCGGCCCUGAAAUGCUCUUCCCAAGAGGUGCUGUCCUCACAGAAAGAGGAGAAGACAGAGGAGAAGAGCGACAGACUUGGAGGAGCUCGCAGUCUGGCCAGUCUGGAUGGACAAGUGCUCUGGUCCUAUAACCGUCCUGACCUGGUCCUUCAGACUCCUCACCCAUACGAAGCCUCUUCCUUCAGUCACACCCUCUCCCCGCCCUCUGUUUUCAUCAAAGAUCAUUAUCUGGAAGCCAAAUCUAACGAAAGUAGAUGCGCCAGCUCGACUUUUACACUGGAGGACAGCGCCAUCUGUCUGACAUCCGAGCAGAGCACCAUGGACAUCGACAGAGACGACGAUUCCGUGCUCGACGUCUACUUUUGAGAAGCACAAUGGGAUGAUGGUUCAUCUCUUGCUCUCCAUCUCCUGCUUCAGUAGUGGUCUGAUCUUCAUGUGUGGAGAGCUCCUCCUGCUGC